AUGGAGAUUCCUCAUUUCAUAAGACAUUUACAAGUCCAAGUAGAUCCGACACUAUCUGGAGAUCGCCUUAUACUGCCAGUCUCUCUGCUCAACGAAAUCUUGAAUCUAGCAGGUGAAAACACACUGCCAACACCACUUCAAUUUUUGAUUUCUCGAGGAAGACGACGUAUUUAUGGAUCUGUCAAGGAGUUUACUGCCUUGGAUUCCGCAGUUCAUGUAUCUGUAAACAUGGCAUCGAGUUUGGAAUCGACGAAUGGAGAUACGGUGCAUGUGAAGUGGGUCGAGCUUCCGAAGGCUGAGUCAUUGAAGAUCGUGCCUUUGGACGAAGGAUAUUUGCAGAUCCAGGAUAUGAGAGCGACAUUGGAAGCCAACCUGCGACGAAAUUACGCUACGUUAACACGUGGCGAAACAAUCACCAUCGAAUACAGUAUCAGGAAUCCAUCUACGGGUGUGAACGAAACGACACCACUCCAAUUCCUAGUAGCAGACUUCAAACCCUCAGGAGACGGCGUUCUCAUAAUCAACACAGACGUCGAAGUAGAUAUCGAACCAUUAGAUGCUCAACAAGCGGAAAAGGCCGUGAAGUCGAAACUCGCUGCUUCAGCACCAACAACAAAUAAUGUCACUUUGCAAUGGACGUCUAAUACAGAGCCUAAAGCUAGUAUAUCUGCAUCGGUGCAUCCUAAUGCAUAUGUAUACCAUCAGAUCAAACCAUUACCGAAUUACGAGCACUAUAUAGUUGAUAUUGAACGUAUCAGUGGAGAUAUCGACGUGUUCAUAUCUAUGCAGCAGGCACGCCCAUCAGAACUUGAUCAUGAUUAUUAUAACGUAGAGUCAAAAUCAUCAUCGUCAACUCACAUCUCAUCAUCGAACAUGGAUCCAAGUCUUCCCAUGAUAUAUUCUGGGAUACGUAGUGCGUCGAAUGUAGAAGCAAAGUAUAGCUUGACUAUAAGGCCAACGAAUGAAGCACCUGCACCGCGUGCUCAAGUAGACGUAUUCGCUAUGCCAGUUGAUGAGCCACCACUUAAUGACGAUGAAACUACAUGCUCGAACUGUUUGCAAAGGAUUCCGAAACGCACAAUCACAAUGCAUGAAGCAUUCUGUUUGAGGAAUAAUGCGUAUUGUGGCAGGUGUAAGAAAGUAUUCAAAAAGGGUGAUUAUGCUUCGCAUUGGCAUUGUGAUGAGUGUGACAUGGCAGGAAACAUAUCAGAAAUGGAUAAACAUAUGAGUCGGAUACAUACUCCACUCUCAUGUACAUGUGGCAAGUCACUUACCUUACCUGAACUGGCUCAACAUAAACGAGAAUCAUGUCCAGACCGAUACAUUAUAUGUAAAUACUGUCAUCUACGACUCAAGGCUGGACCGCCGUCUACGUCAGUCAAGGAUUGGACAUUGGGAUUGCAGUUGAGCCAACAUGAGAGUGAGUGUGGUGCGAGGACUAUUGAGUGUGUGACUUGCAAGAAACCUGUACAACUCAAGGAGGUUACAUCACAUAUGAAGAUACAUGAUUUGGAGAAGAGAGCUAUGGUCAUGUCUGGACCAACAAUCAAGCUGUGUUCGAAUGUGGAAUGCAGCAAUUCAGUUUCGGAACAGUAUCCAAAUACUCUUAAACUGUGUCAAAGCUGCUUUGCACCUUUUUGGUCGCCUCGUCUUGAUGAAGGAAACAAGAGACUUGCGCAGAAAUUGCUAGAAACAUAUCAUAAUCAAAUGACACGAGGAUGUGGGAGGUCUCAUUGUCUGAAUCAGCACUGUAGAACAUUCCUCAAACCAUCAGAGGAACCAGACGCAACUGAAUCCGCUGUCCAAGCUCUCACCAUGGUCAAGAAAUCCGCGCUUGUAAAUCAGUCAAACCCGGAAUGCUAUCUUUGUGUCGCAGAUGCAGCAGUCAACAAGAGACGGAAGAUGGCUGAUGAAUUGUCUGUGAUUUAUCGUGUGCCAUUGUCUAGUGGCAUCAGGGCGCUAACAAUGGCGAACGAUGAUCAAGAAAAGGCGUCUGAAUGGAUUGCAUCGGCAACUCUUCCGAAAUAG